AUGGACGCCAUCAUCUUGACACCACGGCUGAAACUGGCUCUGCUUACAAAAGCGGCACGAGGAAGUCCGGAGUUUGAAUGGUUGCAUCAACUGCACAGCAACGAAAAGGCUACUUGGUGGAGCAUCAAUGGCAGGGCGAAGUCGAUCGAGGACACAGAAGACGUUACCAGACGUUAUCUGCCCACCAACGACGCAGAAUCAGAAGGGGCAAAGACACAUAGAGUCGCCUAUACUGUGCACAAGAUCCUUGAGCCGAUGGCCUUGUCUGUUGAGACCAAACCGCAGGCAGGAACACCAACGGAAUUCAUCGGCCUUGUGACUCUCAAAUCAUUGGAUACCGGCAGCCUUGCGUUGCCCGAGGAAUUCAACCCAUCCGUUGCCGCCGCCACUGCGACAUUAACUGUUGAAUUGGCGUACAUGUUUUUACCGACAGGAUGGGGCAAGGGAUACGCAACCGAGUCAGUCGAGGCAGUGUUUGGCUCUUGCAAGAGGGCGAGAUCGUUUUGGGCACCUUUCUCAAACCUUUAUGUGCGGGCGAUUGUGAAUGAUGGCAAUCCAGCGAGCCUGCGAGUGAUGGAUAAAACUGGGAUGACAAAACGUGGUGUUUACAACCUGACUGGCAGGACUGUUUUCCUUGCUGGAGAAUGGCGCGAGCAGCAUAGGCUUCAUAUCUUUGGCAUGCAUCUGUUGGAGUGA